UACGGGAAAAAAGUAUGAAGAGAUAGCCUGUAUCUAUGCAGCUGCUACCCAUAAGGUGGUGGGGCUGCGUUUAGAAGGAAGGGAGGCAAGUCCAGUGAGCUACACAGUGCGCUACAGAGGUUUGGGCGUGAGGCGUUUCCGACAUGUUUGCGGAAGUGAAGUCAGAGAACACGGUUUGUUUUUGAAUUUAAUGGCGGCAAGAAGAACAUAAGGUGUAUCUAACUGGGCUUCAGGCUGUGCCUUUUGUUACUACAAGAUCUUCCAGAAGGUCUACCCGGCAGUUUUUGGAACCACUGAUGUUCCUCGCCUUUGAGAGAUGCUGAAAUUCAAGUUUGGAAGCCGCAGUGCUGCGGAUGCUAUUUCUUCUGACCCCAUUACCAGCAGGGCAGCACGGCUUAACAACUUUUUUUCAGGGAAAGUCAUCAUGCCAGUUUCCUUUUCAACAACAAUUAAAUGUCCUGAGUCGAGAGGGUCUUUUAGAUUCGUUAUUUGCUCUUUAUGAAGAAUGCUGCAAUCCUGCAUUGAUGAAGAUUAAACAUGUAUCCAGCUUUGUAAAAAAGUACUCUGACACUGUUGCAGAGUUACGAGAGCUACAACCCAGUGUAAAAGACUUUGAAAUCAAGAAUGUUGUUGGACGUGGUCAUUUUGCAGAGGUGCAUGUAGUUAAGGAGAGAGUGACGGGAGACAUCUAUGCUAUGAAAGUGAUGAAGAAGAAAGCACUCCUUGCACAAGAUCAGGUUUCUUUUUUUGAAGAAGAGAGAAAUAUAUUAAGCCAUCAUAACAGUCCUUGGAUUCCUCAAUUGCAUUAUGCCUUUCAAGACAAAGAACAUUUGUAUUUGGUUAUGCAAUACCAGCCAGGAGGAGACUUGUUUGCACUCAUGAAUCGCUAUGAUGAACAGUUUGAUGAAAACAUGGCCCAGUUUUAUCUAGCAGAAUUAGUUCUUGCAAUUCAAAGUGUUCAUCAAAUGGGUUAUGUGCAUAGAGAUAUUAAACCUGAAAACAUCCUUAUCGACCGCACUGGACACAUUAAGCUUGUUGACUUCGGAUCAGCUGCAAAGCUUACAGCAAACAAGACCGUGAAUGCAAAGCUUCCGGUUGGUACUCCAGAUUACAUGGCUCCAGAAGUUCUCAUGGUUAUGAAUGGAGAUGGCAAAUCAGCAUAUGGUCCCGAAUGUGACUGGUGGUCUUUAGGUAUUAUUGCCUAUGAAAUGAUGUAUGGAAAAUCACCCUUCACAGAAGGGACUUCAACAAAAACAUUCAAUAACAUCAUGAAUUUUCAGCGGUUUUUAAAGUUCCCAGAAGAGCCGAAACUUAGCAGUAAUUUUCUUGAUCUGAUUCAGUCGUUGAUCUGUGGCCAAAAAGAGAGGCUGAAAUAUGAAGAUCUUUGCUGUCAUCCAUUUUUUUCUAAAACAGACUGGGAUAACUUACGAAACACUCCUCCUCCGUUCGUUCCUACCUUAAAGUCUGAUGAUGACACCUCAAAUUUUGAUGAACCGGAGAAGAAUUUGCGGAUUUUACCUUCUUCAUGCAAGCUGAAUUCUGCAGGUUUCUCGGGUGACGAUUUGCCAUUUGUGGGGUUCUCAUUCAUAAAGGCUCUGGGCUUGCUUAAUAAAUCUGAGUCCAUUGCAUCUGGUCUGGACUCUCCAGCCAAGGUGAGCUCCAUGGAGAAGAAGUUAUUUCUCAAGAGUAAAGAACUUCAGGACACACAGGACAAAUGCCACAAGAUGGAGCAAGAAAUGACGCGACUCCAUCGACGGGUUUCUGAAGUGGAGGCUGUUCUCAGUCAAAAGGAAGUUGAGCUGAAAUCAUCUGAAACUCAGAGAUCUCUUCUGGAACAGGACUUGGCAACCUACAUAACAGAAUGCAGCAGUUUAAAGCGCAGUCUGGAGCAGGCCCGAAUGGAAGUUUCCCAGGAGGAUGACAAGGCCCUCCAACUUUUGAAUGAUAUCCGUGAACAGAGCAGAAAGCUUCAGGAUAUAAAGGAACAGGAGUUUCAAGCUCAGUUAGAGGAGAUGAAGAUGAUGAUGCAUCAGUUGGAAGAAGAUCUUUCAGCUGCACGGAAACGAAGCGAUCUGUAUGAAACAGAACUGCGAGACUCCAGAAUAGCUGCAGAAGAAUUUAAACGAAAAGCAGUAGAGAGUCAACAAAAGCUUCAAAAGGCUAAAGAUCAUGGCAAAGGUGAAGCUGGAGAACUGCAUACUAAGCUAGAAAAGGUCAAUGCUGACCAACAGAACAAAAUUCAAGAGUUGCAGGAAAAACUGGCAAAGGCUGUGAAAGCUAGUUCAGAAGCUACAGAAUUACUCCAAAACAUCCGCCAAGCAAAAGAGAGAGCAGAGAAAGAGCUUGAGAAACUCAAGAACCGAGAUGAUUCAAAUGAUGCAAUAAAGAAAAAACUGAAUGAUGCUGAGGAAAGACGUCAUUCCUUAGAAAACCAAGUAAGAAGACUGGAGACAGUAGAACGUAGGGAAAACAAACUGAAGGAAGAUAUUCAAACAAAAUCACAACAAAUCCAGCAAAUGGCUGAAAAGAUUAUGGAACUUGAAGAAAAAUAUAGAGAGGCCCAGGUGGGAGCACAGCAUUUAGAAGUUCAUCUAAAACAGAAUGAACAAGUCUAUGAAGGAAAAGUCAGGAAUCUUGAAACUGAAAUGAAAAAAGACCUUGCUGAGAAAGAAGCUCUUGAGUUAUAUCGUAUAAAAAAUGAAGAAGAUAUUUGUGAGAAAAACAGAAUCCUUAGUGAACAAAAAGCAAUGAUAAAUGCUCUGGAAUCAAAGAUCAUGUCCUUGGAACAAAGGUUAGCAGAAUUGUCUGAAGCUAAUAAACUGGCAGCUAAUAGCAGUCUUUUUACACAAAGAAACAUGAAAGCCCAAGAGGAGAUGAUUUCAGAACUUAGGCAGCAAAAGUUCUACCUGGAAACACAGGCGGGAAAGAUAGAGGCACAGAAUCAGAAACUGGAGGAACAGCUAGAGAGAAUAAAUAACCAGGAGCACACUGACAAAAACCGUCUUAUAGAACUGGAGACAAGACUGCGAGAGAUAAGUUUGGAGCACGAAGAGCAGAAGCUGGAGCUAAAGAGACAACUAACAGAAAUGCAGCUAACAUUACAGGAAAGAGAAUCCCAGAUCUCUAGUUUGCAGUCUGCACGUUCUGCAUUAGAGAGUCAACUUCAUCAAGCAAAAACAGAACUGGAAGAUACAACUGCUGAGGCUGAGGAAGAGAUUCAGGUUUUAAGGUCUCACAGAGAUGAGAUCCAGCGUAAAUUUGAUACUUUGCGUGACAGUUGUACGGUCCUUACAGAGCUAGAAGAUCAGCUUAAUCGUAUCAGUCAAGAAAAUGCGGAUUUGAACAAUCAGAACUUUUAUUUGUCAAAGCAACUUAGUGAGGUUUCAGGAGCCAGUGAUGAAAUUGUACAACUGCGAAGUGAAGUGGAUCAUCUCAGAAGAGAAAUCACAGAAAGAGAGAUGCAACUUACAAGUCAGAAGCAGACCAUGGAGGCCCUGAAAACCACAUGCACCAUGCUAGAGGAACAAGUGUUGGAUCUUGAAGCAUUGAAUGAUGAGUUGUUAGAGAAGGAACGUCAGUGGGAGAACUGGCGUAGUUCAUUAGAAGAUGAGAAAACUCAAUUUGAAUGCAGACUUCGAGAGGUACAGAGAUUGCUGGAUACCGAAAAACAGACCAGAGUACGAUCUGACCAGCGAACUACAGAAUCACGCCAGAUGGUGGAGUUGGCAGCCAAGGAACACAAGGCUGAAAUAUUAGCUCUGCAGCAGGCAUUGAAAGAUCAGAAGCUUAAGACAGAAAGUCUUUCAGAUAAGCCUGCCUGUAUUUUGAAUCAGCUGAAUGAUUUGGAAAAGAAGCACACUAUGCUGGAAAUGAAUGCACGCAGUUUGCAACAGAAACUGGAGACUGAAAGAGAACUAAAGCAACGGCUUUUAGAAGAGCAGGCUAAGUUGCAACAGCAGAUGGAUCUGCAAAAGAAUCACAUCUUCCGCCUAACUCAAGGACUUCAGGAGGCACUGGAUCGAGCUGAUCUGCUUAAAACAGAGAGAAGUGAUUUGGAGUAUCAGCUGGAAAACAUGCAGGCACUUUUUUCUCAUGAAAAAGUAAAGAUGGAAGGCACCAUUUCCCAACAAACAAAACUUAUUGACUUCUUACAAGCAAAAAUGGAUCAACCAUUUAAGAAGAAAAAGGUACAAAAUGGUUUGUUCAGUAGACGCAGAGAUGAUCCCAAUCAAACCUCACAAGUUCCGUUACAGUAUAAUGAGCUAAAGGUAGCUCUUGAAAAGGAAAAGGCUAGAACUGCAGAAUUAGAAGAGGCUCUUCAAAAAACACGAAUUGAACUCCGCUCUGCAAGAGAGGAAGCUGCUCACCUAAAGGUGUCAGAUCACCCUAUUCCUUCUACACCUGGUACAGCAAGACAACAGAUUAUCAUGUCUGCACUAGUUAGAUCACCUGAGCAUCAGCCUAAUGCAGUCAGCCUGCUUGCCCCACAGAACAGUAGAAGGAAAGAAUCAUCUGCUCCUGAAGAAUUCAGCCGUCGCCUUAAAGAAAGAAUGCAUCACAAUAUUCCACACAGAUUUAAUGUUGCACUUACCAUGAGAGCAGCAAAAUGUUCUGUAUGCUUGGAUACAGUGCACUUUGGACGUCAGGGAGCAAAGUGCUUAGAAUGUCAGGUCAUGUGUCACCCAAAGUGUUCCUCCUGCCUCCCAGCUACAUGUGGCCUCCCUGCAGAAUAUGCUACACAUUUUACUGAAGCCUUUUGUAGAGAAAAAAUGAAUUCCCCUGGAAUGCAGAUGAAGGAUGCAAAUGGUGUUGUGCGACUAGAAGGCUGGAUGAAAAUCCCGAGGAAUAACAAACGUGGCCAGCAAGGAUGGGACAGGAAAUAUGUGGUCUUGGAGGGGUCUAAAGUGUUGAUUUAUGAUAAUGAAUUGAAAGAAGGGGGACAACGGCCUUCGGAGGAGUUUGAGCUUUGUCUUCCUGAUGGAGAUGUGACCAUUCAUGGUGCUGUUGGAUCUACAGAGCUUGUAAAUACUGCAAAAUCAGAUGUGCCAUACGUCAUGAAGAUUGAGUCUCAUCCACACACAACUUGUUGGCCAGGGCGCACUAUGUACUUGUUAGCGCCAAGUUUUCCCGAUAAGCAGCGUUGGGUAAAUGCACUGGAGUCUGUAGUUGCAGGAGGCAGAGUGUCCAGAGAAAAAGCAGAGGCUGAUGCUAAACUGCUUGGAAACUCUCUGUUAAAAUUGGAGGGUGAAGAUCGCCUUGAUAUAAAUUGCACAAUACCUCUUACUGAGCAGAUUGUUUUGGUUGGCGCAGAGGAGGGUCUUUAUGCUCUGAAUGUGCUGAAGAAUUCUCUCAUUCACAUACCAGGUGUAGGAGCAGUAUUCCAGAUUCAUAUUGUUAAGGAGCUGGACAAACUUCUUUUAAUAGCAGGGGAUGAAAGGGCUCUAUGCCUUGUUGAUGUGAAGAAAGUGAAGCAGUCAUUGGCUCAGUCGCAUCUCCCAGCACAGCCAGAAAUCCCCUUGACUGUUUUUGAAGCUGUUAAAGGAUGUCACCUUUUUGCUGCAGGAAAGAUUGAAAAUGGGUUAUGCAUCUGUGCAGCCAUGGUAAACAAAGUUGUCAUACUGCGCUUCAAUGAAAGUCUCGGCAAGUUUUGCAUAAGAAAGGAGAUUGAAACUUCUGAGCCCUGCAGUUGUAUAUAUUUUACUGGCUACAGUAUCAUCAUUGGAACAAACAAGUUUUACGAGAUUGAGAUGAAGCAGUACACUCUGGAGGAGUUCUUGGAUAAAAAUGACCAUUCCUUGGCUUCUGCUGUGUUUGCUUCAUCUUCCAAUAGCUUCCCGAUUGCUAUAAUGCAAGUAAACAGCACGGGGCAGAGAGAAGAAUACCUCCUCUGCUUCCAUGAGUUCGGGGUAUUUGUUGAUUCCUAUGGAAGACGUAGUCGUACAGAAGAUCUGAAAUGGAGUCGCCUUCCUCUUGCUUUUGCCUACAGGGAACCAUACUUAUUUGUGACCCAUUUUAACUCUUUGGAGGUGGUUGAGAUCCAGGGACGUGCUGCGCUAGGUGCUCCAGCUCGAGCCCAUCUUGAUAUUCCCAACCCACGUUACCUGGGGCCAGCAAUCUCUUCUGGAGCUAUUUAUCUUGCAUCUGUUUACCAGGAUAAGCUAAGAGUAAUCUGUUGCAAAGGGAAUCUAGUAAAGGACACUACCAGUGAGCUUCACCGGGCUCCUUCUACAACUCGCAGCCCAAACAAGAGAGGACCACCAUCUUACAAUGAUCACAUAACCAAGCGAAAAGCAUCUAGUCCAGUGCCAGCUGAGGUCCAAGGUCUUGUGCGGGAGCCUAGUACACCUCAUAGAUACCGUGAAGGACGGACGGAAUUGCGCAGAGACAAAUCUCCUGGGAGGCCUUUGGACAGGGAGAAGUCUCCAGGGAGGUUACUGAGCACCAGACGAGAGAGGUCGCCUGGAAGGCCUUUUGAAGAGAGCAACAGGAGCCGUGGAGCUGUGAGGACACCCUUGUCACAAGUCAAUAAGGUUUGGGACCAGUCUUCUGUAUAAUUGAACAAAAGAAGCCGUGGGGAACGUUUUAUUGAACCAGAUUUGUUUUAUAUCCAGAUUCUAUUGUUUGUAGCAGACAUCCAAUGCAAAAAAAACAUUAAACUGUAUACGUGAAGCUGUGUGCUAAGAUCUCCAACUAGCUUACAGGCCAUAUCACUUUAUUCCCCCCCCCCCAUCUCCCAAUGAAGAACACUAUUGCACUAGGUCAGGUCUGUUUUGGUUAUAUUUACUAACUGAACAGUUACAGUCAUUAGGUUCCAUAUGCGCUAACUACCAGCUAUGUUAACUCUAGCCCUUCUCUAAUGCCACUUAACUUGCAGGGUCUCACUAUCAUUUUGUGCCAUAUGACUAGUUUUCCAAAUGCAUACGACAUUUUGGGCAGCAAAUGAUUUCACUCUAUUCUGCAUAUUGACAUCCUAAUGCUUCUGCUACCUCACUCAAAUCUAGAUCUUGCUUUAUCAACAUUGAAUGUGCCAGGGUUAAUAUGUCAGAAAAAGGUGCUAAAAUCUUUUCUAGGUGUUCAUGAAGAAGAUAUUCUAUUGGCUUCUCAUUUUUCAGUUUGUAAUUGAGAAGGUUUGUAAUCCCCCUCCCCAACUCUCAGAAUAUGUGUUCAUGUAGUAAUUUGCACUUUGACAAUGUAUAUAUUUGUGUUGCUCUUUAAUGCAUGAUGGAUUCCACCCCACAAAGAGAAGCUUCACACUACUACUACUACUACUACUACUACUACUACGACUUCUACUUCAUUUCUGCUGAUGUUGUGUCCCUUGUAAUUUAUUGGGUAAUGCUAAGCUAACAUGCCCUGUCUCAUCUAAUGGAGAUGUUAUUGAGUUGGUUCAGUGUCCCUUUAAAUGCUUCCUUAAUUAUGAGGAUUGUACAUAUUUACCAGAAAGUUUAUAUUCAUAAAAUUGAAUAUGUUUCUACUUUUUUAAGGUAAACUGUGCAUUUUUCAAUUUGCCCACUGUGUCAUGAGUGGAGACUUAAGAGAGGCGAGUGAGCGGCUCCUAGGUAAUAGACUGAGAAUGAGAAGUGGAAGUGCUUGCAAGGUGCUGGAUGCUUGGUUUCUAUUAUGCUUUGCUGCUUUUUGCUACUAAUGUAGAACAAAAUAAAUGCACUUCAAACUUAUGCAAAUCUGUGCUCUGGAGUAUUAUGGAUUACUGAAUAGAUCCAUUCCAAUGAGCUUGGUCUAACCCAGCAGCACAAGAGCACCCUUAACUUAUUGCUUCACUGAGUAGUAGCAAGAGUUGACAAGCUCUGAAAUUACAGGCAAUAUUGGUAAGGUAUAAAGAGCUGACACAACACCAGUUUAAGCACUGAUCUAAGUCAUACAGACACACGUAUUGAAAUGCCCUUCAACUACUACUCUAUGGCUAUAAACAGUAGCUGUGUGUGUUCAAAACAUUUAGAUAAUAAAUAACUUCACUUGUGCAAACUU